UGGCUUUUUGCAUGUAGUUUGUGUGUGAUAAAAAUUAAUUAAUAAUGGAAAAAGUAAACAAAUGUACGCCGGAAAUUUUAAAAUUUUCAUUAGUUAAUACAUGUAAAAGUAAUAAACAAAAAAGGAUUGAGAAAAAAGAAAACAUUGUUGUAAGUAAACAAGAUUCUUGGACAACUAUUGAUAAUUUUGAUAAUUUUGAUAUGAAACGAGCUGAAUUAAUUCAAGUUGCUUAUAAUUUUAUCCAAUUUGAAAAUGAAUAUGAAAAAAAAAUAAAACAAGAGAAAUGUCAUGAUGAUAAAAAAUCAGCUGAAAUUCAACUAAAACAAUUAGAUUGUAAUUCAGAACGUCAACAAUUUCAUUUGACUGCAUGUAAAAAAUUAAAUGAACAAAAUCAAACACUUGUAUCAAUACCUGCAACAUGUCAACAACAACAACAACAACAAACAUCAGCAUUAUUUCAUAUUAAAAACAAAGAAAAAGAUAUUAUUAAUUAUUAUAAUAAUAUUUUACCAGUUGAUGCAUUGAUUGAUUUAUUUAAUCUUAACAAUGCAUAUAAAACACAAAAUCGUGAAUUAAUGUUUACCGUUUCAUCAUUCAAUAAUCCUGAAUCGAAAUUUGUUAUGAGAAAUUUAAAUACAAAUACAACUUUGGAAUUUAUACAAAGACUUGUUAAAUCUAAACCACAUCAAAUUGAUAUUGGUCCUAUUUAUGAAAAAGUACCAGGAAAAUUAAUGAAAAAUAAAGUUAUUGCUAGAGAAUAUUUGAUUGAUAUUGAUUUGAGUGAUUAUGAUGAAAUACGUACUUGCUGCAAGGAAAAAAAUAUGUGUCAAAAAUGCUGGAAAUAUGCUGCAUUGGCAUGUCAAAUUUUGGACAAAGAAAUAAGAGCAUAUUGGCAAUAUAAACAUAUAAUGUGGGUUUUUUCGGGACGAAGAGGAAUCCAUGCUUGGAUUUGUGAUAAAAAAGCCAGAGAAAGUCAUGUUGAAGACAGAAUUGAUAUUACUGAUUUUUUCAGUGUUGUUAAAUCAGGUAAUAGUAAAAAACGUGUUAAAUUUAGAGGCCCUCUUCAUCCUUUAAUAAGUGAUAAUUUUCAAUUAUGCUUAAAAUUUUUUGUUAAUGUAUGUAUAAAAGAACAAGAUUUAUUGAAUGAUUUGGAAAACAUUUCAUAUUUUUUGGAACAAGUACCAAAAGUAUUUCGUCAAGAUCUUUUAACUAAAUUUAAACACUACAAAACAAGCUUACAACGAUGGAAUUGUUUUUUACUUUAUUAUGAAAAACAAAUGAAUAAUAAUGAUAAAAAUAAAUUAAAUAAAGAAUUUGUAGCUGAAUGUAAAUAUCUUGUUGAAGAAAUUGUUAUACAAUAUACUUUUCCAAGAUUGGAUUGUCCAGUAUCAAUUCAAACAAAUCAUGUACUAAAAUGUCCAUUUAGUUUUCAUCCAAAAACAGGAAAAAUAGCUUUGGUCAUUAAACCAGAACAAGUUGAAUUAUUUAAUCCAGAUAAAGCUCCAAGAGUUGAUGAAAUUGUUGAACAAUAUCGACAUUCGUCUGAAUUAUCUGAAUCAGCAGGGCUACAUAAAUUUGAAAAAUCUGUUGAACAUUUUAAAAAUAUAUUGAUUCAAAUUAAAAAAGAUGAACAACAACAACAACAAGAAAAAUAAAUAAUAAGUAUAUUUUAAUUUUUUAUAAAUAAUUUCAUUUCAUCAUCAUUUAAAUAAAAGGAUAUUAAAAAUUAACAAUAGAAAUUCACCUUAUUCAAUUGUGACAUCCAUUUUGUAAAAUUAUUAUGACUCAAGCAGUACCAUGACACGAGAAUUACAGUCAUACACACACAUAUACGGAUAUAUGUACCUAUAUCAAUAUAUAUAAAUAAAGAAAAAAAAAAAA